AUGGAAGACAAGAAGCGUAUUCUAAUUAUUGGUGCAGGAGUGUCGGGAUUGACUGCGAUCAAGAGUUGUUUGGAAGAAGAUCUGCAACCAGUUUGCUUCGAACGAGACAAUCAGCUGGGUGGCAUUUGGUACUACACCGAAGACCUGAGACCCGGUCAAUCGUCAGCUGCCUAUAAAAGUAUUAUCUCCAACAACUCAAAGGAAACAUUAUGUUUCUCUGAUUUUCCAUUCCAAAAAGAAGAUCCAGCAUUAGUGACAUAUGACACAAUUACUCAAUAUCUCGUCAAUUACGCAAAUCACUUUGGAUUAGGCAAGUAUAUCUAUUACAACAGAAAUGUUGUCAAAGUUGAAAUGUGUAAAGAUUAUGAAACUACUGGACAAUGGGAUGUCUCAUACGUGGACGGUGGUAGUGGUGACGUCACGGUGGAAACAUUUGACGGUAUAAUGGUGUGUAGCGGCGGUGGAUUCGGAAAACCAUACAUUCAUGCUAUCUCCGGGCUGGAUAAAUUUAAAGGGAUUACAAUUCAUGGAAAUGCCUACAGGCAACCUGCUCCCUUUAUCGGGAAAAAGGUCAUAGUGGUUGGUUCUUCUCACACUGCCGGUGAUAUAAGCUGUGAAUUGGGACGUAAUCAGUGUAGUAAGGUUUAUCUCUGUGUACGUAGACCAGUUAUGGUCAUGACACGUAUCUCACUUGAUGGUGGCUGGAAUCCGGACAUGUUCCUAACACAACGACUACGACAAAUGUUGCCUGCUUGGUUCAGUAAUUAUAAAUUUAAUACUUUUUACAGUACUGCAACACAAGAAUCACCUGGAACCAUGGUAAAUGAUGAAAUACUAUAUCGUAUUGCUUGCAACCAUGUGAAUGUUGUACCAGAAAUAGCAAGGAUAACUGAGAAAAGUGUGGAGUUUAUCGAUGGCAGAGUUAUUGAUGACGUGGAUGUUAUCGUAUUUGCUACCGGAUACGAGAUAUCGUAUCCUAUUAUUGACGAAGCAUUAAUCUUUGGUGAGUGA